GGCUAUGGACUCAGUGGAGUCGUACUUCUCUGCGUUUGUGUCCGACGCCGCAGAGCUGGAUGCUAUCAAUAACGCAAUCUGGAAUGACGCCAUAAUUACAAGCAUCGAGCAAUGGCCGGAACGGCGGAGUGUCGAGAAAGUGAAGCGGCAAGUGCGGAGGGGCGUGGUCCACAGGAAGCGACGCAAACUGUGGCUGACGGUUACCGGAGGAGCAGCGUUUCUAGAAAAACAGCCACAAUUCUAUGUGGACACCGUACGAGCAAUGUAUGGUGCAGUCGUUCCCACCUCAUUCCACAUCCCCGGCCAACUAACACCAUGCUGUACCCUCCAGUACUUUUGGCUGACGUCAGAUGGUCAACAGAUCGUCCACAAGAUUCUCAACGUGCUCGCUCACCUUCGGCCAGAUGUGCAGUCGUGCCCACUUCUUGCUCCAAUUGUUGUCAUAUUGCUUCACUUCAUGAAUGAGAGCGAGUGCUUUGCUUGUGCAAUUGGUCUACUUGAUUCAAAGAGACAAAUGUACUUUGAGCACACACACAAAGGGGCUGCAGCCAAUCAGAGAUCUCUAACCGAUGUAGCAAGAUCACGAGCAUCGCCAAACUUCAAAUUCGUCGUUCGUGUCGUCAGUGAGAGAUUUGAACAACGAGUAGACCGACGUGAUGAGACCAUGUAUCAGCAACUGAAAGGCUGGCAAACAUGGUUAUUCGGCUUUCUACCUUUCCCACAACUAGUGAGAGUUUGUGACUGUUUCUUCGUGGAAGGUUUCAAGGUGUUAUUUCGUGUUGGUGUGGCUAUCCUCAAGCAUUUCCACAUGGCACAUAAGCAUCAGGGUGUUACUGGGGACUUGGACAGUGCUGUUUGUGAGUUUGUCAGACAUCAUCAUGAUGAUCUCCUAAUGAGUGGAUUCAAAAUUCGUCGUGUUUCUCGUCAUCUCUUGGAUCGCUAUAGGGAAAGAAAUAUUUCUGCCAGCCAGUCACUUGGCGAAGUAGCCGACCAUGACGUUGAGUCAUUCAUUGUAGUACCUCAAGCAGACAAACAAUCAACCAUAGUCAUGGAAUCAAGUCAGUGGCACACACUGUGGUCAUGGAUACCAUCACGAUUCGAAGUCUGCAAACCGAUACGUCUAUUUCUCUCCAAUGACGACGGAUACAACCUCACAACGUUAUACAGGAAGUGUGCACAUCAUGAGCCUCUACUUCUCUUCGUUAAAACAACAGAAGGAGAGAUUAUUGGAGCAUACUUGUCUAGUAGUUUGGAGGGCAGAUUUCCAAAGUUCAAGUACUUUGGAACCGGGGAGACGUUCAUAUUUAGUUUGGCGCCUGAAGCGAAACGGUAUUGUUGGACUGGAGAGGCUGAUGUUACGGCUUAUUUUAUUGCUGGAGAUGACACUUGUCUUGCAGUCGGGGGUGGAGGAAGUUCAUAUGGCUUGUGGCUUGACAGAGAGCUAAACCGCGGCGUCGCUGGCCCUUCAACCACCUUUGCCAACCCCCCACUCAUCCCACCCGCCAAACCAGCAGACAACUCAUUUGCAAUAUCAUCAGUUGAAAUAUAUGCAUUCGCAGAUCACUAG